AUGUACCCGGACGAUCCGCAAGAAUUGCCGUAUUGCAUUCCUAUUUUGGGUCAUGCGCCGGCGUUCUUCAACAACUCCAAUACCCUGUUAACUAAAGCUAGGGCCUAUUUCAGCAACACCAACGAGCCGUUUGCUUUGACAAUCGCCGGAUCGAAGAUAUAUGUUAUUACAAAGCCGAAAGACGUCGCCAGCGCAUACCGAAAUACAGAGACCCUAUCUUUCAAUGAGUUUGUCCAGGCUUUGAUGCGCGCUUGGGGGAACACUGAGUCCUGCAUCCAGGCAAUGUACACACCACUGCCAAAGGACAAGGGAGGCUUUGCGAACCCCCAAGGAAAGCCGUUGGCGACGCUGGCGCGGCAAAUACAUAUUCACCAGCUGUUUCCCGGAGAAGGGCUGGAUUUCCUUGAGAAUUCUUUCCUAGAGUGGUUUGAUGUGCGCAUGAAUAUUGGAAAGUUACAUACAGUCUGUCCCUAUGCCGUCAGGUCGACCGACGUCGACAUUGUGCUCCCUCUCAUGGAGUGGUGUUCCGAUUUCUUCACUCGUGCUGGGCAGAGGGCAUAUUUCGGAGAUGAGCUUGACCAAAUUGAUGCUACGCUUGCCAAAGAAUUUGUCAUUUAUGACGAGCUUAGUUGGCAAGUUCUCUACCAGUAUCCCGAUUUCUUCACCAGAGAGAUGAAGCGGUCCAAAGACAUCAUUCAGCGCGCGUUGAAAAAGUACAUCCAACUGCCCCAAAGUCAGAGAUCUGGCGAGGCUUGGUUUACUAAAGUCAUGGAGAAUGAGAUGCGGGCUUUAGAUAUCAGUGAGGAUAACAUUGCAACCAUGUUCAUGGCUAUAUACUGGGCAAUCAAUACGAGCACGCGUAAAGCCGCCUUUUGGUUACUCACGUACGUCCUCCACGCUCCCUCGCUCAUCAACGUGAUCCGCGAGGAAACAAAAGCUGCUUUCAGUGAAGACGGCAAAAUCAAUUUAGAGCAUUUGCAUAAUCAAUGUCCCCAGCUCAACGCCAUGUGGAAUGAAACCAUCCGCAUGUCCUCCUACGCAGCCUCCGUACGCUUCAUCACCGAAGACACCAUCAUCGGAGGCAAAGUCUUGCGCAAAGGCAACAGGCUUAUGAUACCGUUCCGCCAGCUGCACUUUGACCGGGGUGUCUUUGGUGAGACAGCGGAUUCGUUUGAUCACGAGCGUUUCCUGAAGAAGGCGACCGUGACGCAAAGCAACAACUGGAGACCCUUUGGAGGCGGAAAUACAAUGUGUCCCGGAAGGCAUAUGGCGAAGAGAUCCGUCUUGUUGUUUGUUGCUAUGCUGCUUCAUAGGUUUGAUGUCGAGAUGCAUGGCUAUCAGCCUAUUCCAGCGGCAGAAGAGGGCAAGCCGGUGCUUGGCAUCAUGUCGAUCAAGGGCACUGAUGAUCUGAGAGUGAGACUGACCACGAGAAAGGCAAAGGCAUAA